AUGGCAUUCAGAACUUCACUGUCCCUCAUACUUCUGUUACUCUCGCCAUUGCUUUCCACGGCCAAAACCAUUCUUCCCAUAGUCGGAUCCCACCGUUACGAUGUUGUCAUCACAUCUACAUCCCUCACCGACAAUGACCGACUGGAUCCAUACGCAAAUGAUGGUCGCGCUAGAUCCAUCAUGGUGUCGAGCUUUUCUCCCGUCAACACGUGCCGUCAGAAGAACAUCGUUCCCUACAUGCCUGAGGCGACUGCAUCUUUCAUGGACGAGAAAUUUGGCAUAUAUGGACUUCCGAAUGGGUUCUUCCAGUCGCUCAAUCUUCCAUCGUGCAAUGAGACGGCCACACGUGGGCGGGCCUGCAAUUCUGGCUCAUUCCCUCUCGUACUGUUUUCAGGGGCGCUCAGUACAUCUCGAUAUCUAUAUAGCGCCAUGCUCCAGAGUCUCGCGGCCACUGGAUACCUGGUACUUUCCAUCGACCACCCUUACGACGCCGACUUUGUCGAAUUUCCCGACGGUACCGUCGUAACUGGUGUUGAGAUAGACAGUGAUGCUCAGAUUGAACUUUCUGUCAAGACGCGAGCUGCUGAUAUCGUCUUUGUGUCCGAGCAGAUGAAGAAUGCUUCAGCAGUCGAGAAGAUGUUCGCCGGGAGAUUGCACGCUCGCAGCGUACCUAAGAUGGCUGUUUUCGGACAUUCUUUAGGCGGUGCAGCUGCAGCCAAUGCAGUGAUGCAAGUACCCUCGCUUCGCGGUGGAUUCAACCUUGAUGGUUCGGUUUUUGGUCCCGUAGUGGAGGCCGGCCUUGAUCGCCCUUUUAUGCUCAUGGGCCACGAGAACAAGACCCAGGAAACUGACCCGUCAUGGAAAGCGAUCUGGUCACAGCUGAAGGGUUGGAAGAAGGAGUUUGAAGUGAACGGCGCUGCACACUACAGCUUCUCAGACCUACCCCUGGUCACAUCGGCGCUGGGACUGGAAGGACAUCUACCUGCCGAGGUAGGAGAUAUCCUGGGUACUAUUAAAGGUAUCAUAAUGUCGCAAAUAACUAACGCAUACUGUGCUGCUUUCAUGGACAUGGUGCUGAAAGAUGGAAAGAAGAAUGGCUUUCUUACAGCCGGCAAGCAAUUUUCUGAGGUGAAAGAGGUCGCGUGA